AUGGAUGAGAAUCCAAAUUCCUUUUUUGAAUCCAAAAUGUAAGACUUUUCAUUAUAAUUAGUAGAGUUUUCAAAAUUUUUGAGAAGUGUUCCUUUAUAAAGUCUUCCUGGAACUUUAUGAGUCUCAUGAUUAUGAACUUUAGAAUGUAAUGGUGA